UCUGGACCAGUAGCUCUUUCUGUCAGAAGAGCAAAGCAGUUGAUUUCCUUAUUUACAAUGGUACAAAAUCCAAACAUGACCCACUUGAAGAUAAGUGAACUGGUUGUGCUUCCUCCCCUCUGGAUAAGGUGUGAUGGUUCUGAUCCUGAACAUACUUGUUGGCUUGGAGCUGAGCCUCUCAAAGCUGGAAACAAAAUCACAGGAAUCAAUUUUUAUAUGGUUACAUGUGAUGCUGAUAAAACCUGUUUUGCAAACCUGGAAGAGCUCAAAAUGGCACAUAAAAUGAAACAUCAUUCAUCUAUUGUGAUGACAAAAGGAUUUGCUCAGUAUGAACUUAUUAGAGCUGCUGCAAUAGAGGACACAAUUGUAGAAUCUGAAAGCAAUAUCUAUGUUGAUAUUACGUGGAAUACUGUAGAUAAGAUUCUGGAGACACCCCCACUAAUUUCAGCUGCCACACUGAAUAUUACACUGGAGUCUGGGGACCCCAGAAGUCCUGUAUAUCAGCUAUAUAGAGAACUGCAGUUUCUGCUUGCUUUGGCCGAAGGUUUGAAGACAGGUGUGACUGAGUGGCCUGAGCCCAUAGAGUCUGAAUCAGCUGUUGAACUGGUCCAGGAAUUUCUGACUGAUUUAAAGAAGAAACUGGAUGGAUAUUGUAUAUCUGGAAACAGCAAUGAAACAGAGGUAUAUAAAAUCAAAUGUGACACUGCUGCCGUGGACAGUUCAAUAAAAUCAAUCUUCAGUGAGCGAGGAGACCUGGAUUUUGCUGAACAAUUAUGGUGCAAAAUGAGAAGUAAGUGUGUCAGUUCUUAUCAGGAGUUGAUAGAGUGUUUCACACUAAUCAUAAAAUCCUUGGAACGUGGUGAGAUACAGCCAUGGAUUCAUCAAGGGAGUAGCAGUUUGCUAAGUAAAUUGAUUCAACAGUCUUAUCAUGGAAAGAUAGAGGUCGUUUCCCUCAGUGGCAUUACUCCAAUUCAAAUGCUCUUGGAGAUUGGUUUGGAUAAGAUGAAGAAGGAUUAUGUCAGUUUUUUCAUAGGCCAGGAACUGGCAACAUUAACCUACUUGGAUUACUUCAUUUCCACAUCAGUAGAUCUGCACGAACAAGUUCAUCGUGUUCAAAAGCUUCACCAUAUGCUGGAAAUAAUGGUCAGCUGUACAGUCUUACUUCAGUUUAAACAUGAGAACCUCUUCCCUUUGACACAAAUUUGCAUGAAGUAUUAUAAGGAAAACCCUCUAAAUGAGAAGCAUGUGUUUCAACUGCCGAUCAGACCAGCAGUUGUCAAGAAGUUCUAUCAAAAUGAUCACCCAGAAAUAUGGAAGGUGGACAUAAGUAGUGGGCAUGGACAGAAGGAGGUUAAAACAACAUGGCAAAUUAGUACUAAUCCUCCCGUUGAACAUAUAACAUCAAACAAUAUAGGUCUCUUUUCCGAUUCCACAGUUAAUGGAAGCAGUGAAGAAAGAAUGUAUUUUAUUACAAUGGCUAAGUGCAGUCAGGUGCAUUUCACAUAAAUGCGUAUUACUCUACAGGCAGGCACUUGAAAGGUACAGUAAAGAGGAAAGUUCAGUAUUAUCUGUGUCCCAACAAUAUAUUUAGAAACACUCUGUGAUUUGAAGAACAGUACAUCUUACUGAGUUAUUUGCCUUGGUAUGCUUGAAGUGUGACCAUAAUUCAUCUGUACGCAUCUAGCUUGUUUAUAAAUGUUGUGUGAUUAUGAAUGUACAGUAUAAUUAUUUUGAAAAUAUAGAAGAUAUUUUUGUUCGUAUAUUUACAAACAUUCAAUAAAGUUCUGCACUUUGGGGUUUUAAA